UUCCAUUUCAAAGACGUCUGCAUCGCAGACCAGUGUCGCAAUUUGGAGUUUGGGCCUGAGAAAGCAUUUGAAGGGAAACGCCUCGUAAACCACACAAUUCGCACCGUAGAAAUAACAAUUUCCAGGUUCUGUGAAAACUUGUGUUAUAUGGAGCCCGACUGUGUCAGCAUUAAUCUUUAUGCACGAGCAGAUGGAAAUGGAAACUAUAAAUGUGAACUGAACAAUGCUACUCAUGAAGGACACGAAAAAAAGUUGAUAGAACAAGAAAUGUAUUCUUAUCACGCAGCUGAGGUAAAUAUAACUUUCAAUUUAAGAUUUAGAUUGGUUUACUUUGUUUAUUUUUUUAAGACUCUUAGUCUCAUGUUUACCUUUAGUUUCGAACUUGAGUUGUUUUCACUCUUUCAAGACAUUAGCGGUAAUAUUGUGUCUGUGUUCUUCACCAAAAUCUUCUCAAAGACAAAGCAUUUCAAAGUUAUUGGAGAAAUAUAGAAAUAGAAGAACAACUAUGAUAACAAGGAUAACGAUGACGAUGUUGAUGACGGUAGCGGUGUGGUUGACUAUUAGAUGAUAAAAAUGAUUAUAAUAAUAAUAAUAACAAUGACAAUGGUCUGUUUCUUCUGUCAGAGCAAUUGCGUUCAAUAUCCUUGUAAGAACAAUGCUACUUGUCAAAGCGGAUUUACUAAGAAAGGUUAUCGGUGUCUGUGUACCGCUGGAUUUGAGGGUCCGAUUUGCGAAAGAGGUAAACACAACUUUUAUGUUGAUAUUUUGAGACCUUCAGUUUAACAACAACGAGGAAAAACUUUACCGCUGCUUGUUAAAUGGGUCGCACGGAAUAACAGAGCUUUUCCGUCCUUGAGUUGCUUAAACCACUCUUACUAGCCAGUAAAAAACGAAGCGCAACAGGGCUUUGUUGCGGUCUCUUCACCAACACAACUCAAAGGCGAAUUUUUGGUUUUUUGCCUUAUCUUCUCGUCAUCUCCCUUCUCCUUAUUCGUCAUCACAUAUCUUCUGCUGAGCUGCACUGAAAGUGGACAGAAAAAAUAGUAAAUGAGCUUUCCGGAUUAAAAGAAAAAAAAGGAUAUCACUGUUUUGAAGCUCAUCAGUACUGUUUGUGACUUACAAGGUAACUGUAGUGAUCAUGAUAAAACAAAAGACUACGUUUACCAUACUAAGAAUAGUAUGUAAAGGAGGCCUACAUUUAUUGUCUUUCUUUUUUACAGUUGUUGGUGCUUCCAUGUUUUUUUCUUUCUGUACGAUAAUUUUGUUUUUAUUUAUUGGUGUAUUUUUUUUCUGUUUCAGAAAUUAAUGGAUGUGUUCGUGGACUACACAAAUGCAGCUCUGAUGCGUUUUGCAACAAUACUAAAGGUUCAUAUAAUUGCACAUGCAAACAUGGAUUCACGGGAAAUGGACGAGAAUGUAGAGGUAGACAUUGGAUUCAAAGCAAUUAUGUGAUGAAAAAAUGAAGCUUACAUCUGUAAAUUAUCAACAAAGGAAUCGUAACUUACAUCUAGAUUCUCUCAGCAGAAAAAUACAUAGUGAAACUGAACGCAGGCAGAGAUACAUGUAGACAAAAUCACAUUGAAAAAAAUUACUCUUGAUAAUGAAAGGUUUUUCGCACCAAAUGGAAUCAAUCUGCUGAUCACUGUUUCUUAGUUUAAUUCAUCUUUUGUUGCACAGACUGUCUAAUGGCUACAGAAAUCUAUUUGAUAUUCUUAACAACAAGUAUCAAUGCUGCACAAAUCAAAUGCGAAUAUCAGGUAAUGCUGCUGACCUUUUAAAUUAUUGAUGUGUUUCCGUAAUUAUUUGUCGGCUUUAUAUCUACAGACAUCGAUGAGUGUGUUGCAAGGUCACACUCUUGCAGCCCUGAUGCCUAUUGCAACAAUACCAAGGGGUCUUACAACUGUACAUGUAAACUUGGAUUCACUGGGAGUGGAAGAGAAUGCGAGGGUGAGCGUUACCUUUGGGAAUAUUGAGCAAAGGAGGAUUUUCUAAUUUCGAACUUUCUCAUGAAAUGAGUGAAAUGCUAGAAGAGUGUUGCCACACCCACGGACAUAAAAAAUACAAACCAAAAAUUCUGCCUUCUAACUAAAAAACCAAAUAGUACAGGAUAAACGCCUAAGCGUCUUGCAUUCAUAUAAGUUGCUAUUUUUUUAAUUGUUCAUUUAUUUGUCUGUCUAUUUUUCCAUUAUUUUUAUUAUUUCUUUUGGAGAUAUCAACGAGUGUCUUAGCGCGCCACACACCUGCAGUCCUCACGCAUUUUGCAAUAACACAAAAGGGUCAUACAGUUGCACAUGCAAACAUGGACUCGCUGGAAAUGGACGAGAGUGUAAAGGUAAACGUUGGGGUCGAAAUAUAGAUGAUCCCCUAUAUACUAGUUGAGAAUUUACAGGUAUUACAAAGCAAAGACUGCAAGGCAAUUUUAAGAAUCUUACUACCUUUAUCAUACUAUUUAAGACUACCAAAGGUGCAGGAAAACCACUAUUUUUAUACAUUAAACUAAUUAUGAAAAAUCUGAUUGGUUGAGAGCAUUCAAUAAAUGUACAAGAGCGCGUAGAGUUGACAUCAACAGAAAAGACAACGAAAGAGAGAGUGAAAGAGAGAGAGACACAUACAGGAAAGUAAACUGACAUAAAAAAGAGCAGAAUGAUUAACUAUUCUUCAAAAACAAGUGCAUUACAUACUUGGAGAGCCAUCAGUUAGUUAGCAACUUCAAGCAAGACUGGAAAUAAUUAUUAUCAAUGAUGACGGGACGCUCUACCGACGUCUCUUCUUUUCAAGGAUUCGAAGUAACAUGCAUGCUGCCCAAGAAAGUCCUUUAAAAAAGAAAAUGUUUCAAUCCAGCCAGGAUACUGAAUUAUAAUAAUACUAAAAAAAACAACAACAGCAAUGGGGAGACAAUAUAAAUUUAUAAUCCUAAAAAAGUUAUUUUAAAACUUUUUCUAGGACCUACUUCGUGCAAAGAAAUUCAUGAUCAGGACACGUAAGUAGAGUUGAUAUUCGGAUGUCAUUUAUGUAGUACAUCAAAUAUUCCGCUUUCCCGCAAUUGGUUUAAGCCCAUCACGUCACCAAAUAUACCCUAAUUUUCAAACCACCAUGCAAAGAAAGUCCUCCGUUUAAAUUCGAUUCACUUGGUUGAGUGUCUUCCCGUCCUUACAGAAGAAGUGAAAAAUAAUAAGCUCCCAGACACCUGUUUAAUUCCAGGACAAAUAACCGAGCAUUGUUGCUAUGAAAGCUGUUGUUUAUAUCCCGCAGAAAUUGACGCCUCUUCCUGAAGGAUUAACUUUUCAUUUGCUCAUGUGUUCAAUCAUUAUCAUUAUCAGUCAGUAUCUAUGCCAAUGUGAUUUUCUUUGCCACUAAUGAUAAUUAUCUUUAUAAGCUCUAGUUUUAUUUCACCGUUAUAGUUUACUUAAAUGCUUUGUUUCUUUGUAAUAUUUUGAUUAAAAAGAUCCAGUAUGAGUGGUGUGGUUACUCUUGUUGUUGACUCCCAACCAUUGUCCGUUUUUUGUCACAUGGGAAAUUUUGGGUGUGGAGACGGAGGAUGGACGCCAGUCAUGAAGAUUGACGGCAGAGAGGUGCAUACUUUUAUUGAAUAAUUCAUUUCCUGUAUAAACCCGCUCUCUUGCGAAACGUUGCAAGUUAAAAACGCGCCUUCUAUAUAUGAAUGCUUGUUGUUUUUCAUCCAGACGGUAAUGGACGAAGACCUGACUUUGUUCAACGUAAAUUUCGAGACUUAUUGUGUGCAAUGAUUGUAGAAAAAGAAAAGUUAAAAAUCAGCCAUAAGUAUAAAUUCGUUUAAAGGCUGUUUGGAACAAGGACAAUCUCUUAAUCUGAGUUAAAUUUUCACACUAUUUGAGGGUUAUGUAGAUAUCAACCUGAUUUAAAUAGCAGUCAUUGUUUAUCGUUUGAACAGCAGGAGGGACGUGGAUAGGUAGAGGAGGAUUGUUGGAGGACCAUAGAACAUUGAGUACCAAUAAACUUGCCAAUGAGGAGGGAUCAUGGAUCAUAGGAAUAUUACAGAGACUUACUUGGGAGGAGUGGGGAUCAGGUUCCUUUUAUCGUGACACAAUCACGCUCCAAUUUUUUCUAUGUACAAAAAGAUCAGAAUUUCUUUAAAGAAAAACGACGUCUGUCAUCCUUUAUCAUUUCAAAGGCUCUUGAUUGGGGUGCAAAUGAAAACACAGAAAAACUCCCUAUAACUAGAUUGACAUGUCAUGCACUAAUCUACGGGGCCAGGUCUGUGUUGAAAACAAAAAUUACCUUAGCAUUGACGACACGAUGUCAAAAAUAUCGAGGUCAAUUCUAUGAUAAAACAAAUGAGUCAGGUAAUAAAUCAAUAAAUAACGAAACACGAAAGGAAGUAGACAGGGAAAAUCCAUCAAUUCAGAGAAAUACAUAAGUGUUAUGCUCCUGUAUUUCAGACCACCUUCCAUUAUGAGGCGCAUUAUUGGACAAAUUACGAUGAAUUCAACCUUCUCGGCGGAGAGACUGGGUUUGACGAGCAAGAAUCAAAGCUACCCACCUACUGGAACACAUCAUUCUCCAAGAUCUGUCUCGGAAUGAAGAUCAACCAUCAGCUCAGGUUUAUUGUCAUCAGUAAGUUGGCUGUCUCUCUGCACUCACUAAUUGCUGAUGGCCAAUACCGCAACACCUCACUGGGUCGUGACGGGUGGAAAAAGUUGAUUGGCAGCAACGCCUCUUUACAGCGCAACUGUAACAAGGAAGGAUUCAAUGCUGUUGGUGAUCGUGAUCUUGCUAAAGUCAGAAUUGGUAUUGUUAGCAAUAACCAAAACGACUGCUACUCGUGCAACUCUUUGAUUGGAUUUGGUACAGGAAGUCAUCCAAAAGGCGCAAAAUCUUGCGGAAACGAGGCACUCCAUUUUAAGUUAGAUGAUGGAGGGAAGAGUAUCAAAGCCAUGGGGUACAUAUUGGUGCAAUAAAACCAAAUGCUGAGGACUAAGUCCGUAAAUAACGUUUGUUUCACCUUGGAGACGUCUUAUUGCGACAAAACAUUUUGGGCAACGGUCGUCAAAAAGCUCUCAAUAUACAGUAACUACUCAUUUACAUUACUUAAAAGAUAUGUGGAUAUCCCUAAAUACUAAAUUUCUUAGACUUCAGCUUACAAGCAUAUACAAGAUGGUUUCAUCUAAAAAAAUAGUGACCUUAACUUCAAGAAACAAAGUUGUAGAAUAUUUCCGAAAGAGAAUGAAUAUUCGACAAUGAAUGGUGAUUAAUUGCCACUUGACUUUUAUGCAACAGAAACAGCAGUGUUUGGUCUCCCAAAACUUCAUUGUUUUAAAAUAGAAAUAACUAAAGCUAUUUGAAGAUUCAUCGACAUUGAUCGAUCAUCUAGCUUAGAAUCUCUCGCAGUUACAGCGUCUUGCCAUUAGAGCAUGGAACUGCUAAAUGCCACGUCUUUGAGUGCUGAACUGAUUCAUCUUACGUACUUUUUUUGCUGGUGAAAUAGUGGCAAACCUGAAAUGGACUCUGAUUCUAUCGGUUACAGGUUGAUGUUUUAGCUAAUGCAGUGCCUGUUUUUGCUUACUUUGUUGAAAAUAGUUAAAACUUAAACUACUACAGGUUUUUAAACCUCAAUUACUCCUUUGCUAAUCAUUCAAUUCAAGAUGUCUUGUUUAACUCUCUAUGAUUGAGUGAGAUUGGUUCAACACAGUAGUGUCACCUAACUUAGGGUUCUGUUGUAAGCUGAGAAUAUUAUAGUUAAUUCCUAGUUUCAUUAGACUUUAUUGUCGCUGUAGUUUGUGUCCAAUCUUUAAAGUAUGCCACCGGAAGUUCAAUUUCUAGUCGUAUCUUGUAGGUAUCAGAGCCAUCGAAAUGUUUCCGGCCAAAAAUAUUUAGUAGCAUUAACACAUCAAAAUUCGUACUGAAAAGUGUUUGCCACGGCGGCAAACAAGUGAAAGACAAAAUAGUUAUCCCUGAACAAACAUAUUUAUUCAAGCAAAAAAUAUUUUUACUAGUACAAAAAUAUUUCUCUUAGUGCGCAAAAAGCAGAUUACGUUCUGAGUCAGCGAGAUUGUGAGAUUGAUUGGGAAUUUUAAAUAUGUAUACAGAGUAAACAAUGUCAAGGCCAGACCGCAAGACCGGGAGCAACAUUCCCUACUCUUAGCGAGAAGUGCGUUGGUUCUUUAACGUCCCUGUUAACCAUUUCAGAGAAGAGAAAAGAGGAGGGGCCUACGGCUUAUCUUCCUUCCCCGAGAAGACUAGAAUGUUUUAUAAGUAACCAUUGUCAAAGUAAAGGCAGCAAAUUCUCCUCAAUUAUUUUACGACACUGAGUGUUUGCCCGGUCUGGAGUCCGGCGCUCUACAACGCGAGUUAGCCAAGCGCGAAUCGUCAAAAUUUCGAAAGCGGAUUCCAUUUCCCUCGUUAUGAUCAACUUCCUUUUCGUUUUCCUAAUAAUUUGUCGCCUCCUGUGUUGACCUUGAUGUUUCGUAAAAUGUUGCUGGAUAUUAAGAAGAAUGUCUUUGUGGCCUACAAGAAGCUUCUAGGACCAAACUACCCAGUGUUAGUAUGGUAAUUCGACAAGUUUAAUUAAUUCAGGGGUUUUGCACAAUGUCAUGCAGAAAUGGAAUUGCAUAAUGCAAUACCUUUACCCGAUAGUAGUAUACACGAAAAAAAAAAAUUCAAUUCGUGUUCCUCAAGAAAAAUGCACUUUUAAGGAAACACGAGGCAGAAAAAAAGGAAAUCUAGUUCAGAAGAAGGGUAUUUCAGCUAUAGAUUGUGUGUCCUCAACUGUCCCAAAUAAGUCAUCGAAGCUCUACUUUAAUCAUGAUUUCUACCACACACCUCAACCGUCGCCAAUAAAACUGCUCUUUGAAUUGUUUGACUCGAAGCUCUUUCUGAAAUUUUUUCAAGUAAACUGAGUCUAAAUGGCGGGAUUCAAAUGAAGGGCUAGCCUAAGUUUUUUAAAAAUUCGAUCGUGACGCCACGUUUCAUGAAGUCAUGGUAUAGACAAACUGUCUAUGGCUCGGAUUGUUUUAAGGUUGCACCUUUAGGUACAAUUUUUCCACUUACAGAAAAUGAGUUUUCUUUUUUGACCGAUUAAUGGGCAUAAAUAUCAUAAACAAAAUAUUGGGAUUAAAAUGUGGCGCUAGCCUAGUUUUUAAAAAUUGGACCGUGAUGCGAAUAGACUUUUACACGAGCGUUAGUUCGACUGUUAUCCUCUCGUAACAGUGGAUAGAGUUUUAGUGAAGGAAUUUGGGUUUGUUUAUUAUACAUGACGUGAUCACGUGACAUGUUGACCAACAUAAUUCCUCAAACUAGGCUUCCAUAUUCUAGUGUUUUGUUUAUAUACUAAGCGUUUCGUGUCUUCUAAGAGACUCAGCCCAGUCACUAGUAUCUUUUAAAGUUAGUCAUAAAGUCGUUAAACGGUAAACAAUGCGCUCGAAGUCCCUUUCUGACAAUUUAUUGUAAGGCUGCGACUUAUACGUCAUUCGGUAAAAAAGAAAACCACAUAAAUCUUAUUUUUUAAUAAUCCUUAUUUUUAAU